AAACUGAUAUUUUCUGUUUUGAAAUCCAAUGAAGCGAACCGAGGUAGUGUGUUCAAGUAGAAGUCGUAUGGACUAGCUCAAAAAGAAAUGAUUUGUCACAGGUAAUCCUCUAGAAAUGCCAUCUCAUCCGUAUAAAUAAGUCUACAAUGGUGUAAUUGCUGUAUGAGUAUAUAUGUCAUAAGAAUCCGAUCUCAAGAUUUUUUUUAUAAUUCAUGCAUUCAGUGAUGUGAAUAUAUGCAAUAUUGAAGAGGGCUUUGCAACUAAUUUCAAUGAUCCAUUGGAUAUUUUUGGUCAGGUGCACUUGCCCUUUUCAUAUAUUGAGAAAUCCCAAUGGCCUUUUAUAUUUAGCAUUGACAAGUAUCUUUCUUCCCAAUAGUUAUUUCUGCUUUUCUCUGUAGCUAAUAGUCUUAAUAAUCCUUUAGAAAUAAUCAUUUACGGGUUCAUUCCCCAUUCAUCCUUUCAUUUUUUUUUUGGAAUUUCUUUGCUGAUUGAAUUCAGUUCUUAAUGGGCGUUCCCCGUUUAGGUCGAUUUCUGGAGCCGUUUGGGAAACUUAUUCAUUAUCAAGUCCAUCCUCCUGUCUCUCCUGGCAAUAUAGUUAUAGACGGACCUGCAUUUGCUUACUGGCUUUGGUUUGCUGUCUCUAUUUCACCUUCAAAUUAUCGCUCGUUUCAAGAUGCUAUCCUCAGUUUCCACCAAUUUCUGUUAAGCUUGGGAUUUCUUGAUAUAGAAUAUGUAUUUGAUGGUGGACUCCCUUAUUCUAAACAUCAGACUCGAAAAGCAAGAUAUCAACAAAAUAUCUCAGAUCCCAUGGAUGCUUAUGUUCACCUUUGUGUUCCGAUUGCACAUCAUGUCCUUAAAGGAAUUGCGGGCGCAAACGUUGUCGUUUGUAAUCAAGAAGCUGAUAAGUAUUGUGCAAUUCAAGCCAGACAAUUAGAUGGUAUUGUACUCAGCCAGGAUUCGGAUUUGCUUCUCUAUAAUCUAGAAGCCCCUCAUACUGGUUAUGUGCCUUUACAUUCAAUUUCAAUUACUUCUGAUGGCUUACAUGGGAAGCUGUAUAACUUUCAGGAAAUAAAAAGGCAUUUUUCAUUUGAUAUCCAUUUACUAGCGGCUUACCUGGGAGUCGAAGGCCAUCCGGAAGACCAAGUCAUCGAUUACAACAGCAGUUUUCAACAGAUUUGUAAAGUACUUGAAGAAAAUGUGAAAAGUGGGACUCUGGAAAAGCUCGUUUCAGCACAGGAAUUACGCCGUGUUCACAAAUUCUAUUCAUUAGAUGAUGUUAGUUUAUCUUCUUCUCAGUUAAAUGAUUUUAUGUGGGGAAGAGUGCAAGAACUUUUACAUUCUACGUUAGAGCCUCCGGAGAUGUGGCUUCCUCAGUUGCCUGAAUUACCAGCUCGUCCUUGUAGUUGGACUGAGAACGCACCUCUCAGGCUGCAGGCGUAUGCAAACUUCUUUUCCAAAGAAAAAUCAAAAGCAUAUGUGCUAGAGUACUUUCGGAAUCACGGACAGCUUAGCAAAAAACUCGUAUCUAUUAAUUUUGACUAUGCUUCGGUCAUAGAUACAAUGCAGAACAAGUUUGCUAGUUGGCCUCUUCAGCAUCGAUUUGUCUUGUGGACUCUAAGGUGCCUUAAAAAUCUUACAAAUGUUACUGCUACCAGCUUUCUAUUGAUGCACGCUAGUCUCUACCUAAAUACACCUUUACGUUUGCAGUUUGUUACACCAACUCAAGAAGGCAUCGCACUAGUUUCACGUUAUAUUGCUACGAGCUACUCAUUGUGUAUGUUAAUAUUUAGUGAAUUUGAUAAAGACCGAUCCAUCGACCUUCGAAGUCUCUCGUCCUUCAGUCCUCUUUCGAGCACUGUUAACUUUCGUUUAUUCCACGAAGCAAUGAGCAAACUGAAAACAGGAAAGAGUCCAUUAAGUAUUGUUUCAGACAAAGCCACUGCUGAACUGACUUACAGAUUGUAUAAAGACCUUCUCGCAGACUAUAAGGAUAUGGAAAUAGUUAUCAAUAUUUGGAACACAGAGAUCAUUAAAAAGAAACGUAAAAAAUAAAAUAAAUAUAUUGAUUAUCACAAAC